AUGGCCGAAACAACCGCGUUACCUCGAACAUUAACAACCGCGUCUGAAUACUACGCCGGAUUCCAAUCCACCAGACCCGGCCUGUCCCAAAAGUUCAAAAACAUCGACGAAGAAGUCCAUUUCAGAGAGUACCAGAGGCUUCUCCUGGAUAGGAGAACGUACAAUUUCGUUCUCGACUUUGGCAAUGAAGAUGCGUGGUGCGGUGUGAAUCUGGACGAGGAUGAUCUGGUAGCGUUGAUGGAUGCGCCGAGACCGAAAGUCUUUGGCACGAGAUGGAUAUAUUUAUUUGCUAACUGGAACAGUAAUAUAUGGGCACCAGAGAGACAGAAAGAAUCCAUCAAAUAUAUCACGAAACAAUAUGGCGUGUCGGAGAGACUGCAGAAGAUGAUGUGCACAGAGCCGGUGCCCCAGACAAGACCUCCCACCGUGUCACCAGAGGCCUCCUCUGAUCAAACAGCACCUCACCACAAGGGCAGCGGCAGUCACUCUGUGUCUGUCGUGAACAAACUGCAUGAGUUACCUGACGGCGAUCUCGAAGGAGCUUAUCACCUUAACGACCUCGACCCGACCCAUGCCAGUGGCGAAGUAGCAUCCUCGUUCAAGAGUCUUACCUUUGCCAGUAUCAUUGACCAGAUUUGGCAUUUCUGCUCUGUGGACUACGGCCCUAAAUGUAAGAUCAGAUCAGAUCCUGUGAAGAACGCGUGGACCACGCCAUCGCUGACAUGCAAUGGCCUCCUAGACACUUGCAUCGGAUACAAUUCCUUGUACGCGGUCAAGAUCAAUGGGCGAGAGAUCGAUAAUGGCAAGGGUUUGCCUAAUGGCAAGAGAGUGUGGUGCUGGAUUAUUCUCUGCAACGAUGGCACCAUCAUUUCCAUGCAGGAGAAUCCAUUUCCUGGACCGUAUACACCGACCGCUGAAGAGGAGAGGACAGUAAUAGAGGCUGUUCGCCGGAACAUAGUGUCCAUUUUCUCCGGUGUGUCCAAACAGUAUUCCGCGGACUCGGAAAGAGAAUCCCUAGUAACAGUCCGUGUCCGCCACUUUUCGGACUCGGAACCGGACCAGGCGAGUAUCAAGCAGGAGGAUGGUCCCAGUUUGCUGUUGUACUACAUCUUCGAUGACUGGAUCUCGAGCUACCGCCUGGUGGCUCGGAGGGAGCACAUGUAUGGUGCCAUUCUGGACGACCUGAGAAGGAAAAUGCUGGAACGACCACAAGUCGACCUGGUCGAUGACUUGCAUUGGUUAGGCAGACGGCUUGCAGUCCUAAGGCGUGUUUACAAGAGCUAUGAGCAGAUCGUAGUACGCCUCCUGCAGAGACAGCGUCUGCUGCGCGACGAGGCACGCUCUCAACGCGAGAACCCUUUCCUUGUGAACGGGUCGAAUGAGACGGAUGUCCAUGACUCCAUAUACUCGAUGUCGCGAAGUGCAAUAUUAGGCACUGCGGAACAAUACGACAUGCCAGUAGGCGUCCGCCUGAGCUCCGCAGCAGUUGGCCGCUUCGAGCGGCUGGCGGAUCGCAUCCAAUUGUACUGCCUGAGCGAAAUCGAGUCAUGCUUGAUAGAGAAGGACUCACUCACGUUCAUGGUAGACGGUCUCCCCUGCUUUGUGACCAUGGACUCGCAAGCGGUUGAGAAAUUGACGCGAAUCACCAUUCUGCUGGCCAAGGUGACCAUUGUGUUCCUGCCCGUGAGUCUGAUGACCGGUUAUUUCUCGACCCAGAUCCAAGAUCUGCAGCACACCUUUACAGCGCGCGCAUACUGGAUCUCGUUUGCGGUGUUGAUGUUUCUCUCCAUUGUUCUCCUCGCCCUGUUUGGCUACGCGAGCGACACCAUCGAGGGCAAAACCAUCUACCAGUCUCUCUUCCGAACAUUGUUCAGGUCCUCGAAGGCAAAAAUAUCCAAGGAACUGGCAUCACAAAACCCGACCCAUGGGCCAGAGACAUUGAGGCCGUUAAAUGGACAGCCAGAGGAAGGUGUGGGGAUUGGCGAACAGGAGCGCACAAAUCACCGAUCCGCAAAGAGGACAGUCAUUUGUAGAUCUUCAGGAGGUCGUGGUUCCGGUAUGAAGACUGGAGCCUGCAGUGCUGAUGGAAGGUUCGGUGUGCCCCGUAAUCGUGCUCGUGGGCGUUGGGCGGCCUUGUCUAUCUCGUGGGCGUGCUGCUGCCAUUGUCCUCCCCUCACCGCCGCCAACAUGGGUCUGACUUUCUCGAGGUUGUUCGAUAAAAUAUGGGGCAAGAAGGAGAUGCGGAUUUUGAUGGUUGGUCUUGAUGCCGCCGGAAAGACCACCAUCCUGUACAAGCUGAAGCUCGGUGAAAUCGUCACCACCAUCCCCACGAUCGGUUUCAACGUCGAGACUGUCGAGUAUAAGAACAUUCAGUUCACCGUCUGGGACGUUGGCGGUCAGGACAAGAUCCGUCCCCUGUGGAGACACUACUUCCAGAACACUCAGGGUAUAAUUUUCGUCGUCGACAGCAAUGACCGUGACCGUAUCGUGGAGGCCCGGGAGGAACUCCAGCGCAUGCUGAAUGAGGAUGAACUUCGUGACGCUCUUCUCCUGGUUUUCGCCAACAAGCAAGACUUGCCUAACGCCAUGAGCCCCGCCGAGAUCACCCAGCAGCUGGGCCUGCAGAGCUUGACGCGCCGUGCUUGGUAUAUCCAAUCCACUUGCGCUACCACUGGUGACGGUCUGUAUGAGGGUCUGGAGUGGCUCGCUGAGACUCUGAGAAAGACUGGUCGUGACUAG